AUGAAAGACAGCAGCAACGGCGGCCAUACCCAUCUCCGGCAUGUGAGGGCGAAGCGCGCCCGUUUUCCCUACAUUAUGCAUCAGACAUUGCGAUCCCUGCGCCCCCUCGGGCAAGCUUCAUCGACUUGGCUCCGAGCUUCCACCAAGCUUGCCGUCCGCGCUGCACCUCGCCGCUUCUACGCAUUCCAAGCCGGCGGAUCACCAACUUUCCAGGUCUUCAACCGUCACACGAAAUGGCUGCAAAAGGAGCGUGCCGCCGCUGACGCUGAAGCUAGCCGGGAGUCUGACUACCUCAAGGACGAGGUGGCCAGGCGACUUUGCGAGCGCCUACUGGAUAUCAAUCGCUCUUUUCCCAAGGUCCUCGACCUCGGCGCCAAUUCAUGCAACAUUGCCCGCGCCCUGACGGCAGAGAAUCCCGAUCCUGAUCCAGCCCUCCCCAUCAGCCCGCCUCUCGCGACGGGCAUCGAGGAGCUGGUUGCCGCCGAAUCCUCCAGCACUCUCCUCCACCGCGAUGCCGACCUCCCCUUCAAUAAGGACAUCACCAUCACCCGCGAUGUUCUCGACAAUGAGGAAUCAACAACGUUCUCAAGCCAGACGCCCCCUUCAUGUGCGCCAUGCUCGGCGGUGAUAGCCUUUACGAGCUUCGUACGAGUCUGCAGCUCGCGGACCAGGACCGCAGGGGCGGGCAUUUCGCCGCACGUGAGCCCACUCGCCGAUGUCAAGGAUAUGGGUGGUCUGCUGCAGCGGACCGGCUUCAAGCUGCUCACCGUCGAUGUCGAGGACAUUAUUGUCGAUUACCCGGACACGUUUGCCUUGAUGCAGGAUUUACAGGCCAUGGGCGAGUCGAAUGCCGUGCUCGGCCGCGAGAUGGGGCCCAUCGGGAGGGAUGUACUGCUGGCGAACGAGGCCAUCUACCGAGAACUCCAUGGCAAUGAGGACGGCAGCAUCCCUGCGACGUUCCGCAUCAUCUUCAUGAUUGGAUGGCACGAGGGUGAUAAUCAGUCCAAGCCGUUACCGCGGGGCAGCGGUGAGAUCAACCUCAAGGAUAUCUUAUCCACGGAAUAG